GUCCCAUGAAUACACCCACCUGGUGGGUCCUGAGUAAGGAGGGAGAGGCCCGGGGCUGGGGUUUCAGUGAAAAUCGCUGGUGGAGUGGACGCUGGAGCAGAAAGGCCAUUACAGUUCAUCGGGUCUUCACUAAAGGCACAGCGAGCCUCGAAGGCACCAUCCAGAGAGGGGACAGCAUUUUAUCCAUUAAUGGCAUUAGUCUGGGGGGUAAGACCCACGGAGAGACUGUGUCCUGCCUUCAUCAAGCCAGACUGUCCAUGCAAGCCUUAGUGGUCAUUUGGAGAGAUGAGGACGGUGAGCUGAGCUCUGACACCCCGGAGCAGCCCACCAGAAACAGGAGCGGGGGGGCCGGAGCAGUGGUGGAUGUGGGUCCAGGCGGGGCUUUAACGGUGGAGCUUCACAAGACCUCCGCUGGCCUGGGCUUCAGUCUGGAGGGGGGGAAGUCCUCCAGUCAGGGAGACAGGCCUCUGCUGGUCAAACGCGUCUUUAAAGGGGGCGCUGCAGAGCUGUCCGGACUGAUCCAGGUCGGAGAUGAAGUGGUGUCCAUCAACGGCUGCUCUCUGGAAGGCCUUAUGCACCACGAUGCCUGGAGAAUCAUCAAAGCCACUGAAGAGGGGCCCAACCUCCUCCUCUUCCGCAGGCCGAGCACCAGACCAUAAUGAGGGGCACGGGGAAAAGAAAGCACUGUGAAGCAGGACAUGUGAGACAUGUCCUGAUGGACUUCAUUGAGAUUUUGUGUUCUGUCUUGUUAUUUGUGUUUGUGCUUAGAAGUAGGUCAAAUUGCUGAAUUACGAAUUGUUCAGAUGAAGUGCAGGUUGUUUACAAUAGAUUUACUUUGAAGCACUAAAGAAAACAGUUUUU